AUGGGUGGUAAUAAUCAGGGGGCAGGAAAUCAUAAAGGCGGGAAAAAAGGAUCUUGGGGAGCCGGUUCCCGCAAUGCUGAGGAUGCUGCCAAAGCUGCCGCUGCUGCGAGUGAUGAUGAUCAAGGAGCGGGAGAAGAAGGGGAGAAAGAAGCGCGUCUUCCAAAGCGUAAAGUUGCUUUAUUGAUAGGCUACUCCGGAACUGGAUACCAGGGCUUGCAAGCUAACCAUAACGUCAAGACAAUUGAAGGAGAUCUUUUCAAAGCCUUAGUCCAGGCUGGAGCUAUAUCUAAAGAUAAUGCUGACGACAUCAAAAAGGUCAGCUUAAUGAGAUCCGCCAGAACAGAUAAAGGUGUACAUGCGGCAGGGAAUGUGGUCUCAUUAAAGAUGAUUUUGGAUGUUCCGGAUGUUCCGGAUAUAGUCAGCAAGGUCAACUCGCUUUUGCCUGCGCAGAUCCGAUUGUUUGGAUAUAUUCGCACAAUCAACUCAUUUAAUCCCAAAGUCCUCUGCGACUCACGUGUAUAUGAGUAUUUGCUGCCAACCUAUGUCUUUUUGCCACGGCCACCACUUCCAGCCAAAUCUGCAGCAGAGUCAGAAAUACCCUCUACCACUGAACCAGCAAAGUCAUCUAUACGAACGGACGCACCAGAGGGCAGUUUAGCAUGGGAUCAGAACGUACAUAUUUCCACUCCAGAAGAGAUGGCGGUGAAGCGGAGCUAUCGCAUUGAUCCAGAAACAUGGGCUAAAGUGCGAGAUGGAUUUGCGGAGUAUGUCGGCACAAAGAACUUCCACAACUAUACAAUCGGAAAAGAUUUCAAAGACCAUUCCUGCAAACGCUACAUUAUGAAGUUUGAUGUGAGUGAACCAAAGAUGAUCCAAGGCACGGAAUGGCUUAGUUUGAAAGUUCACGGCCAAUCAUUCAUGCUACACCAGAUUCGCAAGAUGGUCGGAUUGAUUGUGAUGAUUAUCCGGACAGACACGCCUCUGAAGCUCAUCAGCGAGACUUUUAAAUCUAACAAAAUCAACAUCCCGAAAGCACCCAGUCUUGGACUGUUACUAGAGCGACCACUGUUCGAUACAUACAAUCGCAAGUUUCAAGGCAAGCAUCAGCCAAUAGUAUUUGACCCGUUUAAGGAAGAAAUGGAGGCGUUUAAGGAAAAGUAUAUUUACGAGGGUAUUAUAAAGGAGGAGCUUGAGUUCAAUCGGUUUGACGAGUAUCUUCAAAUUAUGGACGGACACGCUGAUCGGUACAAUUUUGCUUAUCUGAAUAAGGAAGGCAUCAUCCCUGAGGAAGCUAUUAUCAAAAGAGGCGAUACAUUUGAAGAUAUUGAGUGA